UAACAUGCAAGUGUUAAAAAAUCUAUUACCUUGAUUGAUAACACUGAAUACAUUACCUUUUUCUCUUAUUCAUACAGGAAGUACAUCAUACCUGGGGGAGCAAAAAGAAAUCAUCUAUCUCAUUUUACUCAGAAGUUUGUUUUCAGAAAUCUGAGACUCCCUUCAGCAAAACAUCAUUUGUGGUCUUCGCUCCCUUUUUAACAUAUGCAAUGACUGGAGAUAUAGUCUAUGCUGAUAUCAAAACUGUUAGAACAUCCCCUUUAAAACAUUCAUCUCCACGUCCAAGAUCCGAUUCUCACCAUCAUGGAAUUGUCCUGAAAGUUGGAUACGCAAUGACCAUAAUCCUCCUUGUAAUAGUAAUUGUGCUUAGCAUUUUUGUUAUCCAGCUCAGAUCUGCAAGACAUAAUAAAGAGGAUAAUGAAUCAAAAGAGAAAUACUGUCCUGAGAAAAAUGAACCUGGAACAAUCAUCUCAAUGGGGUCUUCCAACUCUUCUACUGCUCAUAAACCAUGCCCCUCCAAUGACUGGACGCUACAUGGGGGGAAAUGUUACUGGGUUGCUCAACGUAAGAAAUCUUGGAAUGAAAGUAAAAAUGACUGUGCCAUGAAAAAUUCACAUCUUAUGGUGAUUCAAGACUUCAUUGAUAUGAGUUUCCUCUGGCAGCACCUACAUUAUUCAGCUUUUUAUUGGAUUGGCUUGAGCAUUCCAUCUGAAGGAAUAUCUUGGACCUGGGUGGACAACAGUUCUUUUAACCCCCAUCUGUUUGCAACACAAGGAAACAAGCGAUGGCCCCCGAGCAUGAAAUGUGCCCAGGUAUCUCGGGCUGGCAUGGCUCCAAAAAAAUGUGAGGACAAUAGACAGUGGAUUUGUCAACUGUAAUCUGCUCUGCAUAAAAUCAGUCUCCAUUUCUCAAACUGAAAAACACCAUAUGAAGUUUGAGCUCAGAUCAUAGGGUAGUCCAGAGGGUCACUUGUGUCUUAGAGGGCUUCGUGUGUGUGUAUGUGUGUGUCCAUUUAUGAUUCUUAUGUUUACAGUACCAUUUCUCAUAGGUGUGGGAAGGGAGCCAGAAAAAAAGAAAUUUUUAUAUUCAAUGAGCACAUAUGCUGAACACAUUUUUUUCAUCUGAAUUAUCAAUGCAGUUAUUUAAUCACCAGUUUCAUUUUGCCUGCAUUUUUGGAAUUUCAGUGUUACUCAUCUCUACACCAUCCCUCCACAGCAUCCUUAGCUAAUCUCUGACUUUCUCACAGUUUCAGUUACCAUGUACAAGUCAAUACAUAUCAAAUUUCUAUUUCUAGCCCAGAUCACCAAUCCCAUAUACCAUACUCUAUUUAAUACAUCAAAUCUAAAACCUCAGAUACUUCGAACUCGACAUAUAAAAAAAACUCAUUAACAU